UGAAAAUCCCGGACGUCACGUGACAUGAGAUCUCGCGAUCUCGGGCGGACACAGAGGAACCUUCCUUGGAGGUGCAGAGACUGAGCCGGGGGACUGGCAGGUCAUGGAUAAUGUGUUCAUCCAGCACAGCAUCAAGGUCCUCCAAGCCCUCAACAAGCAGAGAGAAGCGGGCCGCUACUGCGAUGCCACCCUCGUCGUUGGCGAUCUUCAGUUUAAAGCCCACUGGAGUAUCCUGGCUUGCAGCAGCCCGUUCUUCCAGAGCCUUUAUGGAGACGGCCGCUCCCCAAACAUUAUCCUCCAUGAACGCUUCUCGGAGGUCAUGGGCCUCCUCCUGGAUUUCCUCUACACGGGGGAGCUGACUCUGUCCCAUCACAAUGUGGACAAGGUCCUCUCGGCCUCCAAGGAAUUGGGUGUUUUUGAAGCUGUUGAGGUCUGUGAACGGUUCCAGCCAAAGUGUUUUGAGCCCGUUGAUCGGACUGAAGAUUUUUUCCAACAGUCUGGAACGUUGGAGACUUUGAACGGACACCUGAAAGAGGCGGAGGAGUCGGAUGGAGAGGAUACGCUAAAGGGAAUAUCGGAGCUCGGCAACGUGCUGGCGGACAGUGAAGUCCCAGCGGAGCCGGGCAAUGAACAGGACGGCAGCCUUUCCCUGCUCCAGGGGACGGUGGAGAUUACUCCAUUUCAGGAGGUCGUCUUGAAGGACCCAGAAAUUGUGGAGAGGAGGGAGUUUAAGAGGCAGAGGCGCGGGCAGAAGAACGAGCCGUGUAUUGGCAGCGAUGGAGACUGUAUAACGUGGGAGUUGGAGGUGGACCAGAUCCAUGACGUCAUAGCAGAUGGCUCCGAUUAUAUGGAGGAUGACCUGGAUGAAGACUUUGUCCUGGAGAGGAAGAUGCCAAGCUCCAGGAGGAGGUCCUGCAUGCCAAAGAAGAUCGUUCCCUUGGAACCGUCCACCAAUGACUCCAUGGCUGAUGGGGAAGAGCUGAAGAACAAAAAAAAUGCCAACGCCCCCGUGGAGUGUCCCAUAUGCCACAAGAAGUUCCUCAGCAAGUAUUAUCUCAAAGUCCAUAACAGAAAGCACACGGGGGAGAAACCUUUCGAAUGUACGAAGUGCGGGAAAUCCUACUUCAGGAAGGAAAACCUUUUGGAACAUGAAGCCCGGAACUGUAUGAGCCGAACCGAACAGGUGUUUAGCUGCACGUCUUGUCACGAGGUAUUUAAAAGACGGAUGGAGUUGCGGCUUCAUAUGGUGACCCACACCGGAGAUAUGCCUUAUAAGUGCUCUACUUGUCCUCAGCAGUUCAUGCAGAAGAAGCAUCUGCAGAGUCACAUGAUCAAAAUGCACGGAGAGCCAAAACCCCACGCUUGCCCCACCUGCGGGAAGUGUUUCUUCACGCGGACAGAACUUCGGUUGCAUGAAGCGUUUAAGCACCGCGGGGAGAAGCUGUUUGUGUGCGAGGAGUGCGGUCACCGAGCCUCGAGCAGGAGCGGCCUUCAGAUGCACAUCAAAGCCAAGCACAGAAAUGAACGUCCAUAUGUCUGCGAGUUCUGCCACCAUGCCUUCACCCAGAAAACCAACCUCAAUAUGCACCUGAAGACCCACACGGGGGAAAAGCCUUUCCAGUGCCACCUGUGCGGGAAGACGUUCAGGACACAAGCCAGUCUACACAAGCACAACCGAACGCACACGGGGGAACGGCCGUUUAGCUGCGACUAUUGCGACCAGCGAUUUACAGACAAAACGCCGCUCCUGCGGCACGUCGCCAGCCGACACCAGGAGGGCAGACCUUACUUCUGCCAAGUCUGCGGCAAAACCUUCAAAGCGUCGGAGCAGCUGCGCGUUCACGUGGCCAGACAUCGCGGCGUGAGAAAGUUUGAGUGCACGGAGUGCGGGUACAAGUUCACUCGGCAGGCUCACCUGAGACGUCACAUGGAAAUCCACAACCGGAUCGAGAACUACAACCCCCGCCAGAGGAAGCUCCGCAACCUGAUCAUAGAGGAGGAGAAGAGCGUGGUCAUCGGCCUGCAGAGCGCCCAGGAGCUGGACGUCGGCCCGACGGAAAUUAUAGUGGAGUCCAUCGCCAUCGCCGCCGCCCUGCCGGACGAGGUGACCGAGCAAAGACUGUGUCCGGAGGACGGCUUCCCGGCCGAGGUCAUGGAGGAGUCUAUAAUCAUCACCGCCACCGCCAUACCCAUGGAAGAGUGCGAGACGUGAGGAGACGCAACGCAGUAACUCUUUUUCUUUUCUUUUUUAUUUAUUGGACGGUUGCAACCAAUUUACAAAUAAAGACAGUCGUGCGAAGA